UCCUGCCAUACCUGGUUUAUCGUAUAAAAAAAGCUGAGCGCAAACUAAAUUUCACUGCCAAUGAAACUCGCAGAAUGAAUGGGACCGCUUAUUCCAACUUUGACAACCAGGAACAUGUUCUGAAACUAGGAGAGACGUUCGAGAAACACCCUAAAAGUGCCUACCACACGGUGCGAUAUGACUUCAAACCAGCAUCCAUCGACACAGCAUGUGAGGGAGAGCUGGAAGUGGGCAAAGGAGAGCAAGUCACUAUCACUUUACCUAAUUUAGAGGGUUCGAGUGCUCCAGUUACGGUGUUUAAGGGAUCUAAGAGGCCUUACAUGAAGGAGUGCAUCCUCAUCGUGAACCAUGACACGGGAGAGUACAGGCUCGAAAAACUCAACAGCAAUAUAGCUGUGAAGAAGACGAGGGCUGAAGGCAGCAGUAAAAUUCACUCUCGCCUGGAACAACAAACGAGUCGCCUGAGCCAGCAGAUAAAGGGAAGCGGCAACAGCACCACAGCCAAGACCUCAACCAGCUCCAAGAGCCCGCCGCCCAAGGAGAAGACUCCUCCAGCAUCUCCAAUGGAUGACAUUGAAAGAGUAUUGAUGGAGGAGGCCCAUCGGCUGAGCAGCGGCGACAGCUCUUCGGACUCGAACAGCUCGUCUUCGUCGAGCAGCGAUGACAGUUCCGGUAGCAGCGACUCGGAGGAUGAACGUAACCCGGCCCCGACCAACCAGAGCAUGCCUGUGAUAAACACCAGCACCAACGCAACAGGCCUCCACCAGGAGAGCGGAGGAGGCCUCAUUAUGAACACGCUCAAGAAUGACCUCCAGCUGAGCGAAUCAGACAGCGAUAGUGACUGAAGGAAGCGACGGCCUGGACGUGAACCAUUAAGGAGCCCAGCAAAGACCUGUCCGCUCUCCUGCCGCCUGUGAAGUGUGGCCGUGUUAUUUACAUAUCCACAGAUCUGUUAGACAUGCUGCUUCUCUGCUCACAAACUCAGCGUUUCAUCUUCCUUUGCUCGUGUGAAAGCUCCACCGUUGUGGUGCCUUAGUUGAUAGAGAUUUGGCGCUUUACUGUGUUUUGUGUCGUUUCAAUUGGUGCCUCUGCUGGGGUUAAACAGUUUUAAGGAAUUGCAUGGGACAUAAUGUGAAAAGCAUUUGUGAAAUCGAGACAGAUGUGGUCAACUUAAACCACCUUCUAUACUUCUGCAUUUCUGCCUAAUGACGUUAGCUGGCACUGCCGAACGCCGUCUAUCAAUUUCAAUGUGUGCCACACGACUAUAUCCGAAGACAUCUGUUACAAUCAGAAGCAGGGUUAACAAAAAAAUGGAGUUUAUGAAUCGGAAACCUACAAAAAGAGGCUGCAAGACGGUCAAAUUGUCAUUGGAGGGAGACCGAGAUGGUUUUCUGCAGACUUCUUAAUCUGCUACUCCCAUAAAGCACCGCAGCUACGAGCGUUUAAAUACAGUUUAAUUAAUGCCGCGCUAUCACUCAGUGGACUUAAGUAUGCUUUGUAGCUUUAAACCUGCGAUACUUGAAUCUAAUAAUUUCUUUUCUUAAUGCUCUUGACCAGAAGUGAGUGGAUUUUAUGUUUAGUUUAUUACCCGAGCAAUUGGAAGCGCAAGUUACAAAGCAAGCGACGCAGAGCCAGACCAGACGUGUUGAUACUGGGCCUGAGUGAGUCUUAAGAGAUUACUUAAUGUGCCUUUUUAUUUCCUCUGGAAGUUCCUGUGGGCUUCCUGCCUUCCCCAUUACCCCCGUAUCACAGCCGAGUCGACUCAACUAACAGGAAGCGGAUGUUUGUGUCCCAGGCGCUACUUUGGCAUCCGAACCAUCUGAAUACGGCGAGAGGCCGAGGCUCAUGUCUUUUGAAAUGAAAAGUCAAAUGUAUAUGUAGCAUAAAGAUCUUUAGCAAAUAUUAAAAGAUUUUUAUUGUC